AAAGAAGUUCUCCCACUUUAUCCCCGGAAUCAUUGAUUCAGCUCCCAAGGCCAACACACACACACACACACACACACACCAACUUUUUUCCUUCACUCUCCUCAACCUAGGGUUUUCUUUCUUGCCCUUUUUCCAUCUUCAGAAGUUAAUUAAUAUUUUGUGAACAGCAAAGAUACCUUAUAAAGCAUCUUUGGAACUGAAUUAAAGGUUGUAAAGGCUGUUUGCUCAUUUAUUUGUUUAUUUUGUACUUUUUAUUCUCCUGGUGGGGAUAAGGAUUUCUAAAUUUGGAGGCCUGGACUUCAUUGGAUGAGAAAUGAUCUGAGAAUCUACAUUUUUCCAGUUGGGCUCUUGCUUGAGGUGCUAGCAUGAGGAUUACUUGAUCUGUUAGUUGUUUUGGUUGCAAGUCUCCAUGUUGCCAGAGGGUUAGUAGCGUUAUGGAUAGCGUGAAGACUGUUACACGUCUUAAGGGUCCUUUGUGCCAGCAGUUCCUCCUUUUUGCCAUUUGGUGGUCUAGCUUUCAGGAAGUAGUGGCUUUUCAGACACCACCUGAAGUUAGGUACAUCUAUGCCAAGUCAGAAUCUGGUAGCCCACCCACUACAGGACUAUUUGAACCCAUAGAAAUAUCACCUGCUGUUUUUCCACAUUAUCCUAUUUCUGGAGAUCCACUCCCACCAAUGUACCCCUUUUAUCCGACUACGUAUGAUCCAGUCUUGACCGGAAGGUGUCCUGUGAAUUUCUCUGUCAUCUCAAGUAUCUCGGAGAAAACUGCGGCAGAUUGUUCCCAACCUUUAGCUGCAAUUGUAGGGAAUGUUAUAUGCUGUCCACAAUUGAGUAGCUUACUGCAUGUAUUCCAAGGAUUCUACAGCACAAACUCUAGUAAUUUAGUUUUGGAAGAUGCUGUUGCUGAUGAUUGUUUUAAAGAUAUCAUCAGUAUAUUAGCCAGUAGAGGCGCAAACAGCUCACUUCCUGCCAUCUGCUCUGCGAACUCAACAAAUCUCACUGGUGGCUCUUGCCCUGUAAAGGAUGUAGCUACUUUCGAGAAAACAGUGAACACUAGCAAAUUAUUGGAAGCUUGUACCACAGUAGACCAACUAAAAGAGUGUUGCCGACCAAUCUGUCAACCUGCCAUUAUGGAGGCUGCAGUACAGAUCUCAGGGCUACAAUCUGUGAUGACUGAUAACAAAAAUGCUGCUGGUGCUCUAUCAAGUGUUGACACUGUUAAUGACUGCAAAAGUGUUGUCUAUUCCUGGCUUUCAAGGAAACUCCCGUUCGAUACAGCUAAUUCUGUAUUCCGGAUGCUGUCUGCCUGCAAAGUUAAUAAAGUUUGUCCUCUUAAUUUUACAAAGCCAACAGAAGUGAUUGAAGCGUGCCGAAAUGUAGCUGCCCCAAGUCCUUCAUGUUGCAGUUCUUUAAAUACGUACAUAGUUGGAUUACAAAGGCAAAUGUUGAUCACAAAUCGGCAAGCAAUAAUAUGCUCAACUGUUUUUGGAUCCAUGCUACAAAAGGCUGGUGUCAUGACUAAUGUUUAUGAGCUUUGUGAUGUUGAUUUGAAAGAUUUCAGUGUUCAAGCAUAUGGACAAGAAGUUGCAGGGUGCUUGCUUCGAAGCUUUCCUGCAGAUUUGGUCUAUGACAAUUCGACAGGUUUCAGCUUUACCUGUGACCUCAGUGAUAAUAUUGUUGCGCCAUGGCCUUCAUCAUCCUCUGUCACAUCAUUAUCUCUUUGUGCACCUGAGAUGUCCUUACCAGCGCUACCUACAUCGGAGACCUUGCAUAAUAUGGGUAUGUCUUUUUGGUUCCACUCAAUAUUUAAAUGCUUCGAUGUUGUAUGUGGCCCGGUUGCCAUGUCAACAAGCCAGCACCAAAAGCUGGAUGGUCUCUGAGAUAGUUAAGAUCUUGGCUGCAUAAUGCAAAACUUUAUCUUGGGUCAAUAGGAUACGUUUCACUCUUAUCUUGCUCAAGUACAUCAUGAAAAGUUGAGCAUUUUAAUCUACUUGUGGCACAAUAUGAGCGUGUAUUGCUUUUUGGUACCACUAAAUAUUUAUUUGAAAUGAAUCAAUGUUGUAUGUGGUCUUGUUGCCAUUUGAUAAUACGCCAAAAAGCCAGCAUUCAAGCUACAUAGUUUUCUAAGGUGUUGAAGAAUUUUGCUGUUUAAUGCCUUUCUGCAGGAUUACCAGGAUAGUUUUCCCUCAAAUUUUUGCUCCAGUGUAGUAUGGGAUCUUGUGCAUUGUAAUCCACUUAGUUAUUCUGCAGUACAUGAUUCUUUCCUGAAGAUAUACUCUGUUGGCUUUACUUCUCUGUUGUAGUUUAUUUUAUCUCAAAAUUCUCUCUUUCUGUAUUUUCCUAAAAAUUUUUAGCACAUCUUGGAGUACUAAAUUGUAUUUUACCUAGUCACAGAGAAAAUCACAUGGAAGAUUACUGUAUUGAAUGUUUUCUGAUGUAGUACAUAGGUAAAUUUCUUGAGUAUGUGCUGUAUGAAAAUGUUAUAAGUUACCUUAAUUGCUUGAGAGAAGAUAUGAUGGGUGUGGUAGAGAAGAUUGUGUGCAUUUAUCUGUGUACAAAAGAAAAAGGACAUCGUUCCCUGGUUGUUAGUUUUAGGACCUGCAGCAUCACCUGACCUUUGUGCAUUUUCUGUCUGCUAUCAUCUGGCGGCUGGCAACGUUCUUUAUCAACAAUUUAUGUGCCUGAAAAGUCUUUUGCUUUUGCUGCUGUGUUUGUUUUGAUCCACAAUAUUUUCUUGGAGGAUUUUAUCUUGGUUCAUGUUAAUCUCAUUUUUUAUGUUGAAUAUGCUGUGAUAUCAGAGACUGAGGUUUUAUGAGAUAUGAAAUGGUCGUCCAGAGUUUUAAUUUCAUUAGCUUUUCUUCUACGUCAUCAUUAUGCCAGUUUGAAACUGAUAAAGAAUCAUUGUCAUGGUGUCCUGCAUCAGUUACUACAUUGUUUAUGCUUUCCGCUUAGUAUUUAUUGUCAUUUUUUCAAUUGGAAACUUAUACAAUGGUAUGGUGUCAUCCUAUCAUGCAGGCUGCCGUCAUCUAUGGUUGGAUCAUGUCGUAACCAUUCUUUUGUUUUUUGUGUUGAGUAUUGCAUUGUACUAAAAAUUUCAAUAUUCUGGGUAGUAUUUAGUGAGGAGGUGGUUUGUUGUAGAGGGUCUCAGUUCAAAGACCAGGUUUGGAUGUCAUGUAUAUCUUCUGAACGCUUUCUUUUGGUGAUGUAUAGUGCUUUUAUCUUUUUAGUUUUUGGGUUCCCUUGUCACAUCUUCCAUUUAGUUUUCUUAGCGCUCCGCCCUUUUGUAGUCUUUCCUCGAUCCGGCACUCCUGCUGUUGCAGAGUUGAAUUGCACAAAUCAUCUUUCACAUGUUAUGCUCAUCUAUUGUGCGAUUUUGGUAGGG